CCGGCCGGCUUUGGGAACGCGCGGACUGCGCGCAACCCCACCCAUCGCGCCGUGACAAAUGCAACUUUUACUUCCGGCUGCGUACACGGCCAUCGCGCUUGGUUUCGUGACUCUCCGUUCCGUUCUCUCCGGUGGUGUCCACGCGCUCCUCAGGUGCUUGAUCUUUGCCGAACAUCUCUCCACGUUCCUGCCUCCACGACCGCCGCCUGCGCUCAGCAGUUCUAUAUCAUCCGAGGGAUCUCUUUUGUUUGUCGUAUGUCCAUCCAGAAUCUCAACACAUUCGACCCCUUUGCAGAUGCAAUCAAGGGUUCAGACGAUGACGUCCAGGACGGCCUCGUUCAUAUAAGGAUCCAGCAGCGGAAUGGUCGCAAAACCUUAACAACGGUGCAAGGACUCUCCUCGGAAUAUGACUUGAAGAAAAUCGUGAGAGCAUGUAAAAAGGAGUUCGCCUGCAAUGGGACAGUAAUAGAGCACCCGGAGUACGGGGAGGUGCUGCAGCUGCAGGGGGACCAACGAGAGAAUAUAUGCCAGUGGCUCACAAAGUCUGGUCUGGCAAAACCUGACCAGCUCAAGGUCCAUGGUUUUUAAUCGACUAACAACAACAACCAAUCACCAUCCAUGCCACGAACCAACAACAACAACAGCAGACAGCUCCGCCCCUCGUCAGCGCUACAUGAUCGUCUCAAAUUGAAUCUGUAUAUCACUCACUAAACUUCUCGUGGGAUAUCCCGAUUAUACUAUCACACGUCAACAUUAUAAAUAUAUAUAUAUAUACAUCUAUAUAUAUACAUAUUAUAUAUAUACACACUUACACACACGCGCGCGCGCAUAUAUAUUUCAAUAAUUUAAAAAAAGAAGAAAGAAAAAACGGAAACAGUGAGGGAAAGAUAAACAAUAGAGGAUAAAGGCGAAUAAAAAAAAAGGAGGAAGAGAAAGAGUUGUAACGAAGGAAAGGGAGGAUAUAAUAGGCGUUUAACUGGCGUAUACCUAUAGGCAAUAUUAUCUAUUCUAAUCAGAAAUCUUUUUCUCGAGAUAAAAAAGAAAAGAAGCAAUACGUCACACUGUAAGCCUUAUGUUAGGUGAUAGCGGGCUGCCAAGGUAGGAAUUCCCCUGCCUCGCGGCGCGGUGGAUAGGGCACACAUCUGAUUUUGAUAAAACAUCGUGGUGGAGGUGGAGAAGGAGGUGCGAGGUGGAGAGGCACGGAUGAACGAGCGGUAAUUAGCAGCGCCGGAUGGAUGUUCGUUCUUGCAUUAGGUAGUAUGUAUCUGGGCGCGAUAGACGUGUUCCGAGAAGGCGGCGAAGCUGUAGGUUGAUCGUCUCGACUUUCUCCCUUCCUCGCGUCCACCACAUACUCUCUUCUCUACAUCCCUUCGUCUCUUGCAGGGGAAAGCUACAAGAUUUUUCUUUUUUUUAUUCCAUUCUUUUUUUUACGUUUUAUAAUCGAAAAUUAAGAGAGAGAGAAGGAGAGUAAUCGCGCUUUGAGUGAUUUGUUGAAUAUUUGUAGGACCGAUUUUCGAUUCUUCCUUUCGCGUUAGAGGACAUCCCUCCUUCGCCCCUGUGUCACGUCUUCGCUCUUGCUUUCCACCCCCUUCCCCCCCUUUAAAGCAGUAAUAAUUAAAUGACGAAUUGUUUUUUUGAAAUAAUAAUGAGAGUUAAUAAAAUGUGGCUGUUCUAGAUAAAUAAA